UCCACAAAAACCCAGGAUAUCUUCAGGAUCCAAUAGGCGUUCCAACUUGUCCAAAUGGUUCUCGUUGGAAUCGACGACAAUUGCUUCAGCGAGCUCUUCCAGGCUUAGCGGACGCUCAGUGCGUAUAUGGCACUUCAGAGCACCCGGUCGACCAAGUCGAAAUCGUCACCAUGGAUGUUUCGUAACAUACAAUCGUAAGUUUCAAUGAGAGUUUCCGGAAGUGUCUUCAGGGCAGCGUGCAUUGCGUGCACUGAUCUGACUCUUCCCAACCAGCGGAACGAUCCUUUGGCGCGUGACACGAGCUCGAUCUCAAGCGAGCUUCGAGCUUCAUCGCUGAACCGCUGUAACCUAAGAUUUGUCCAAAUCCCUUCCCGCGCAUGUAUCUGCAGGCAAGGCUCGAAGUGUGUUGGAAGGAUUGGCAGUUGCGGACCUUUCUCGAGCGCCCGUUCAGUCACGACAGAAUACGAUUCUCUGCUGGCCAUUUCGCCAGUCCCCAGAUUGAGUACCGCCGGCGAUGAUGGUUGGUGGUUCCGCAUGACAGCGCGCUUGAUGUUUCACAUGACGUGUGUACCUCACCGCGGUUUGCCCGCCAGCUGCACCCAUAGACAAUCCACGUACCGCAAGACGUGAUGGGUGUGAUGUCGAAGCAGAUGACCAUAUCCUAGCAAGUGCAAAACGAACGGUGGGUGCAGCGGGGCAUUGAUGGGCGCAUUGAUUA